AUGACGGGUGACGCCUCCGCUCCCAAUGCGGGUCAAGUGAAGUUGUUUGCGAUCGGGAACCCGAUCCUGGACCUCGUCGCCGAGGUGCCGGCGAGUUUCCUCGAGGAGUUUUCACUCAAGAGGGGAGAAGCCGUCCUCGCCUCUCCCGAACAACGACGCGUCUACGUGGAAGUCGAAAAGUUCAAUCCGACUCGCAUGACGGGCGGUAGUGCACUCAACACCUCGCGUGUUGCCCAGCAACUCUUCAAAAUGCCUGGCAGCGUCGCGUACAUGGGAGCAAUUGGAGACGACGACCGUGGGACGCAGCUCAAGGAUCUCUGCGACAAGGAAGGGCUCGCCACUCGGUUCAUGGUGGCGCCUGGAGAGCCGACCGCGGUCUGCGCAGUGCUGAUCAACCAAAAAGAGCGAACACUUUGCACUGACCUCGGCGCGUGUCUCGCUUUCCGACUCCCCGCGGACUGGGAGACUGUCGUGCGCGACACACGGUUCUUCUACGCGACUGCCUACACGAUCUCCGCGUCCCCCGAUAACGCCCUCGCCGUCGCCCGCUACGCUGCCACGAAACCGGGGAGCGUCUUCACUCUGAACCUGUCGGCUCUGUUUUGCAUUGAAGUGUACAAGGACGCCUUGAAAACGUUGUUUCCCUUGACGAACAUUCUUGUCGGGAACGACGAGGAAUUCGCUCACCUGGCCAGAGUUCACGACGUCGUGGCCGAGGACAAGAAGCAGAUGUCCACUCAAGACAGAGAUCACGCGGUAUCUGUGUGCACAGGAGCCUUGGGAUUGCUCACGGCGGGGCAGAAUGCAGGCGUGACGAAACUUGCCGUCAUGACUCGGGGCGAAUCCUCGGUCAUUGCUGCUGAGAGCGCAGCCGACGGGACUGUAGUCAUCCAUGAAGUGGAGGUGCCCAAGGUUCCUGACGAGAAGAUUGUCGACACCAACGGCGCCGGCGACGCAUUCAUUGGUGGUUUCCUGUACGCGUUUGCGCAGGGGAGAUCUGUGCGCGAUAGCAUCGUGUGCGGCAACGCGUGCGCCAGGAAUGUCAUUAUGCAUGAGGGAUUUGCGGUCGAUUUCAGUGCGUUUUCAUGGUAG